AUGGCUUCCUGGAUGCUAAUUAUCCCUGCUACAGUACUGUUGCUGUGGUCAUCUCAAUUCCGGUCCCCCUGCUUUGCUUGGGCGCAGCAUCGUGUGGGGCUGGAGCUCGAGCUGCACAUGCCCUUGUCCAAUGUUGAGGGUGCUGCCAAAAUGCUUGCGAAACGAAGUGAUCUGUACCUUGCGAAGCGCUGUGAUGGAGACCGGAGAAAGGUUUACAGGCCAGACGGAGGAAUUAGCCCUUACAAAGAUGGAGAAGACAGGGUGUGCACGCGAUACUGGGUUGUGCAGCACGAUUCGAGUCUGGAUGAUAUAAAAAACAUGACGUCGCUGGAACUUUCCUCACGUGCGAAGGCUUUUCAGGAUCUGGAAGGCGAUAUCGACGCCGUCAGCGAUGCUCUGUGCGACCUGGAUGCCAGAAUUACGAAGUCGUGCGGUUUCCAUGUUCACAUGGACAUGACAGAGCUGUCCAAGGCAAAAAUGAAGCAUGUUACGCUUGUGAAUUUUGCACGACUAUGGGUUCGUCUCGAGCCAUUGCUACUUGCAGUUGUUCCUCCAUCACGCCGGGACAAUCAAUAUUGCAAACAGGUUGCACCCUUUCUUCGCGGAAAGGAUCUUUGGCGGCUAUGGUACGGUCAUGAGUAUUUCAUGGCAAGGGAUGUGAAAGAGUUGCUCAACCCAGAUGGAAAGUAUCACACAGUCAACUUUCCCGACGAGGAUCGCUUAUAUCACACCUUAGAAGUGCGGCUGCAUAGUGGAACUGUCGAGGCCUGGAAGAUCAAACGCUGGGUGAAGCUUUGUUUGCAGUUGUUGGAGGUAUGCAAAGCUCCCUGGGACGAGGAGAUGCGGUGGCUGGUUCGCAGAGGCAGCAUGCUGCAUCUGCUGACUCUAUGUGUUGACGAGGAAGUGAGUGCGCACAUAUUUCGACGUGCUUUCCACUUCAUCCGCACAUAUCCACAUGUGAAGCUUCCUGACGCAGUGUCCUGGCUGGAAAGGGCCUCACAACAUGGAUACCCACAGAGUGGGAAGUGGCAAGAGUUCGACUGCACCGGUUGUGGCGAGAGGUUCCCUUCGGACAUCCCGCUGAGCGAAGCCACAGCUUUGUGCUGGUCUUGUUUGCACAAACCGGAUGGCGGAGUGAAGCUGUCGUCCCCAGAAAUCAUCGAGAAACCGACGCAAGGUUGGCCUUUGAAUUUGUGCGGAUGCUGUGGCAAGAUCUUCCCUUCGAAGCGGCCGUAUCUUGGAAGACGGCUGCCAACCUGCCGGACAUGCUCGGGACCAGGAGCCAUAUCCUGCUCCUGA